CGUUUCUCUUUCUUCCUCUUCUCAAGUUACUAUGCCUACACAUAAGCAAGCAAAGCAUGAGCCCACACAGGGACAAACAGAGGCAAUAGCAAAUGAAACCGUGCAUCCUUUUCAGAUACCCAUGCAAAAAGACAAGAAGCGACAUUUAUUUCGGUUUGGGCGCAAAAAAAGUCGUUCUGACAUCACCAAUCCAGCCUUUAAUUCGUCAACAGUCAAUGUCAUACCCAAUGAUUCUUCUUCCAUCUUGACAGCACGUAAGAAAUCAAAAGAUUAUGAGAACAGUAUAUACGAUACAUUGGGUGACGAAUCAUUGAGAGUGGGUUUGAAUGAAAGAAAAAAAUCCGGCAGCUCAAGUAGUAAUUCUAAAGGCAAAGAUAGAGAGAUAUCCGAAGGAAGUGUUUAUUUUCCCCAUGAAAAGAGCAUUGAGUUAGAUCAGGAUUUCAAUUCAAUGGAAGGCAUUAUUAAUCCAGAAUACAGAAGGAGCGAACAAACAAGAGUCUCUCUUUCACAGCAAGGUGCAGAUUCAGAGCAUUGGGCCCCUCCAGACAGUUGGGCAGUACAACCAGCAGAUGAAUACGCAGAGGAUUUCCAUACACCUUCAAUUUCUUCAAAGGCAGAGCCUUCUGACUAUUUCCCAGUUGUAGAAAAUGAAGGUUGGAAUGUACCUAGUAAGAAUUUUUGUAUCCGAAUAUUUCGUCCUGAUGGUACAUUUGGUACAUUGAUUGCCCCCUUGAAUGCAACGACUCAUGAUUUGAUCCAAAAACUGGCGGGCAAGUUCUUUUUGCACAACCUUGCUAAAUAUAAGCUUAGUUUGGUGAUGCACAAUCUUGAACGUAAACUUGAAAACCACGAACGCCCUAUUCAGAUACAAAAGACACUGUUGGAACAAAUAGGUUAUACAGAAGAAGACAAGAUUGAAGAUGUAGGCAGAGAAGAUAAUUCCUAUCUAUUUCGAUUUGUAUUUGGUCCUGAUGUAACUCAAACAAUGCAAGAAGAAGAAGAUUUUAUUGCUUAUCGUCGUGUGGACCUUCAAGGCAAAAACCUGUCUAGAAUACCCCCUUUUUUGUACAAAAAUCCUACUCGUAUAGGAACACUGGAUCUAUCCAAGAAUCUUAUGAUAGAAAUCCCUGCUGAUUUCUUACAAACAUGCAAAAAUCUAAAACAAUUAUGGCUUACCAACAAUGACUAUUAUACAUUGCCUACAUCGAUUCGGUCUAUUCCCAACCUUGAACAUCUGAAUAUCUCUGGAAAUCAUAUCCAAGAUUUAACAUCGGCUGGUCUAGACGAACUCAAGACAUUACGUGCACUCAGAGCAUAUAACAACCGACUCGAAAGACUGCCUGAUUCAUUUGCUACAUUCAAAAACUUGACCAUUUUGUUUAUAUCCAACAACCAGUUUACCAAAUUCCCUCUUGUGAUUUGUGAUAUUGUUACUCUCGCUUACCUUGAUAUCAGUUUUAACAAGAUCACUAGUUUCCCCGACGAAAUCUGUCAACUAAAGCAACUUGUAGGCUUAUUUGCCACUGCUAAUCGAUUGACAGGACGAUUGCCAUCCAGUUUCUCAAAACUAGAAAAACUACAAGAAUUAGAUUUAAGGCAGAAUCAGAUAACAGAUCUUGAUGAACUAUCUAUGCUGCCUAAACUAGAAGUCAUUUCCAUUGACUACAAUGCUAUCAGUGUUGUCAGCUAUGACUUUACCAACUUGAGGCAGCUCAAAAUGUCCAAGAACCAUUUGACCCAAUUUACCGUUGCUCAUUCUCACUUGUAUCAUCCGGAUGGUACACUCAAGAACAACCGUUGCUUACUGACUGAUCUUAAUUUGGCCAAUUGUAAACUAUCCUCUCUGCCAGAUGAUCUGUUUGCCAGUGCUGUCUCACUUGAACAUUUGAUUCUGGAUAAUAAUACGCUUAGUGUGUUGCCGAGCAGUAUUGGUUCCCUCAUCAGGUUACUAAGGCUAUCAGUACAAGGCAAUAACCUAGAACUCUUACCCCCUGAAAUCUCCAAAUUAACAGAACUUAAGGUAUUGGAUGCGCAAAAGAAUAACUUGAAGUCAUUGCCUAAAGAAAUAUGGCUCUGCAUGUCAUUGCAAACCCUGAAUUGUUCCUCAAACCUAUUGGAAGCUUUCCCUGAACCUUAUACACAUGUACAUGACACAACCACAGCUGUAAAUGGUUCUGCUAAUCCAGCACCAACACAACCGCCAGCAACAGAGACAGAAGAUACCAAUAUCCCUCCUAGUUUAUUAUCCAGUGGAUUCAACCCUCCACCUAAUUUCAAUCCCCCUAGUUUCUUUGCUAGCCCACGCAACCAUCCACCUCCACUCUCGCUCUCUUUGCGUAACCUAUUCUUGGGCGACAAUCGAUUUACAGAUGAUGUCUGGUCGCCUUUAUCUCUGUUUCUUGAAUUACGUACACUUAACUUGUGUUUCAAUGACCUGUAUGAAAUCCCACCUGAAGGUUUAUGCCAUCAGCAUUUAUAUGAACUUUAUCUCUCUGGUAAUCAUUUGGCUUCUUUGCCUGCUGAUGAUAUUGAAAAACUCAGUUAUUUGCGUGUCUUGGCUGUGAAUGGAAACAAACUUCAAACAUUGCCUGCUGAAAUUGGUAAAUUACGUAAAUUGUUGGUGUUGGACGUAGGCAACAAUGUCCUGAAAUACAAUAUUUCGAAUUGGCCCUAUGAUUGGAACUGGAACUGGAAUUUAGGGUUGAAAUAUCUAAACUUGUCAGGCAAUAAGCGACUCGAAAUCAAGACCACACAUCCCGAAGUUCAAAAUCCCAAAGAGAAAAACCUGUCUGAUUUCAGUGCCCUAGUUCGAUUACGCAUGCUUGGCUUGAUGGAUGUGACCAUUUUAGGUGUCUCUACACCAGAAGAAUUUCAUGAUCGUCGUGUCCGAACUUCUCCCUCUGAGGUAAACGAUAUGGCCUAUGGUGUUGCUGACUGGUUAGGUCCCAGUGAUCAUUUAGCCACUUGGGAUUUAGUCAUGCCUCGCUUCAGAAACCGUGAUAACGAAUGUGUGUUUGGUUUGUUUGAUGGUCGAAAGCAUGCCAAAACAGGUUGUCGUCUUACGCGUUUCUUGAAUGACAACCUGACUUAUCAUCUAUCCAACGAAUUGGAAAAGACCAAGAAUGAUGAUACUAUUGUGUCUGCUUUACGACGUACAUUCUUAGCCUUGGAAAAAGAGUUUGGAUCGAUGGACACAGAAGAUGAUAAGGAGAUGGGUGCUUCUGCUUUAUUGUGUUAUAUUUCAGGUACACGAUUGCAUGUGGCCAAUGUAGGUGAUGCAUUAGCUGUCUUGUGCCGCAAUCAUGGACAAGCAUUUGAAAUCACGCAGAAACAUAUUCCCUUAAAUCCUAGCGAGGCAUCGCGUAUUCGUGCUGCUGGUGGCUAUGUAUCUAACGCAGGUUUGUUGAAUGACGAACUAGCUGUGUCGCGUAGCUUUGGUUAUUAUCAUUUGAUUCCUGUGGUCAAUGCAAACCCCUUUAUUUCGACCAUCAACCUAUCUGAAAAUGACGAGUUUGUAAUCAUGGCUUCUCGAGGUCUUUGGGACUGUGUCUCCUAUCAAACAGCUGUAGAUAUUGCACGCACAGAAAAAGACGAUUUGAUGAUUGCAGCACAAAAACUGCGUGAUUUUGCCUUGACUUAUGGCGCUGAUGAUAAUAUUAUGGUCAUGGUCAUUGGUGUUGGAGACUUGUUUGAUAAACGAGACCGUCGUUUCCGUAAUAUACGUGGGAUGAAUAUUGGCACCAGUCGCGCAGUAACGGAUCCAUUGAUGGAUGAGCCGAUUGGCACACCAGGUAUCAUGGCUAAGAAUAAGCGACGCAUCAAGGAUGAAUCUCCCAGUGAUUCCACACUGGCUCGAUUGGAUCGUGAAGUACCUCCACCUACCAAUCAAGUUGCACUUGUGUUCACAGAUAUUAAGAGUUCAACACUUUUAUGGGACACUCAGCCCGAAGAUAUGCGUUCGGCCAUCAAGAUCCAUGAUGCUGUCAUGCGUCGUACACUUCGCAGUAUUGGUGGCUAUGAAGUGAAGACAGAAGGUGAUGCUUUUAUGGUUUGCUUUCAAGAUACAAUUGCUGCUUUAUUAUGGUGCUUUACUGUACAACUUCAGUUGCUUGAAGCUGAUUGGCCUGCAGGCAUUCUCGAGACAGAAGAAGGACGCGAGAUUCAAAAAGAUAAGCAAGUUAUCUAUCGUGGUCUGUCUGUUCGUAUGGGUAUCCAUUUAGGUAGACCUGUCUAUGAACGUAAUCCGAUCACGAAACGUAUGGAUUAUUUUGGCCCUGUGGUCAAUAAGGCGAGUCGUAUCUGUAAUGCAGCUGAUGGUGGACAGAUCUGUGUAUCUUCAGACGUGAUUACAGCUCUCAGAGAAAUGCCUGGUAUGUUUAGUGACGACGAUCCAAGUGCAACUGCUGUGAUAGGUGCAGAUGGGAUGAAGAAUUUCACAUUGAGUCGAGAUAUUCAACAGAUCAAACGACUUGGAUUUCAUGUGGUCGAGAUGGGCGAAAGGCGUUUAAAGGGUCUAGAAACACCUGAGAUGCUCAGCCUUGUGUAUCCUAAGCAAUUAGCAGGCCGUAUGGAAUUCGACAAAGAAGAUGUGUUGACAAUGCCUUCUUCUAUGGUUGAACAUAGUCCUAACCAACAACAACAACAACAACAGCAGUAUGAUAGUUAUGCACGCACCACACGCAAUGAUAGUUAUUGUAGUACGUUGACGGAAGAAGAAGUACCAAAAAUGCCCAUAUCUCGUAUCAAUCGACAAAUUGAUCCAGCGUUUGUGCUUGCGUUGAAUAAUAUAGCUGUUCGUCUUGAGUCGAUUACGACAGGUGCUGUCGCUAAAAAGAGUGCUGGAGAACGCGAAUUGUAUGCUCGAAUGAGCAUGCCUUCUGGCUUGGUCGGUUUGACUUCAAAUAAUGGCAGUAGUGGUAUUAUCAACAAUACCAAUUAUUCAGAAGCAUUUAACAGACGAAUGAGAGAAGUCGCUUCUGACGAAGAAAUUCUGAUGUUGAUUGAGAAUUUUAUUACUCGAAUUGAGAAUGCGGCAUCUACAUUGUAUUUACAAAAAAUGGGCAAUUUUGCAGGUGUAUUAGAAAAGUUGGGUGAAGCCAUCGAAUUAGAUCCAAUGCAUAUCUUGAGAGCGCUUCAAAUCUAUUCAGAAGCGACUAGUUUAACAAAAACUAAUUGAUAAAUAGACUCUUUUUCCUUUUGAAUACUUUCUUGUACAAACAUGCUUUUUUUUAGAAUAAAUAAUACC